AGAGAAAAAAAAGAAAAGAAAAGAAAAAACAGAGAGAGAGAGAGACAGUGAUGACUGAAUGAAAAAAAAAAAAUGAAUCUCGUAUAAGUAAGUCAUAGAUAUCUUUCUCAGAACUUCAGCUCUCUCUCUCUCUUUCUCUCUCUGGAACUUCUUCUCUCCUCAACGCUGGUUCCAGAGAAACCCAAAACAAAACUGCGUCCUCUUUAAAACGCACCAUCAAUACAAAGAAAGAAAGUUUUCAAAACGCAAAAGCCAAGAACCAAAACAAGAAGAACAAUGCCAUUUUUUUUCUAGCACCCUUUUGUUUCCUUCCACCAAGAACCGGUUUUGCCACCGACCCAUUUCUCCAAAUGCUUCCCCUCCGCCUAAGCGCCGUCGUUUCCUCACUCAUUCUCUGCUUCCUCUUCCCGCCACUGCUCUGCCUCGGAAUCCGCUCUUUUCCCACCACCGCAGACGACGGCGCGUUCUUCCACUAUUCAGAAGCGCCGGAGUACCGAAACGGAGCGGGUUGCCCCGUUUCGUCAACCCGUGUUUCCCUCCCUUCAUGCGACCCUUCUCUGGUCCACAUCGCCAUGACCCUCGACUCCGGCUACCUCCGCGGCUCCAUCGCCGCCGUGAACUCCGUCCUCCGCCACUCCUCGUGCCCGGAAAACGUCUUCUUCCACUUCAUCGCCGCCGAGUUCGACCCGGCUAGCCCGCGGGUCCUGACCCGACUCGUCGGCUCCAUUUUCCCCUCUCUGAACUUCAAAGUUUACAUCUUUAGAGAAGACACUGUAAUAAACCUAAUCUCUUCUUCAAUCCGACAAGCCCUAGAAAACCCCUUGAACUACGCGCGCAACUACCUCGGCGACAUGCUCGACGCGUGCGUGUCCCGCGUGAUCUACCUCGACUCCGACGUCGUCGUUGUCGACGACGUUGGCAAGCUCUGGCGCGCCCCAAUCACGCGCGAGCGCGUGAUCGCCGCGCCAGAGUACUGUCACGCGAACUUCACCAAGUACUUCACCGACGAGUUCUGGAACGACCCUCUACUCUCGCGCGUGUUCAGCACGCGCAAGCCGUGCUAUUUCAACACCGGGGUGAUGGUGAUGGAUUUGGCGAAGUGGAGGGAGGGGAACUACAGGAGGAAAAUUGAGAACUGGAUGGAGUUGCAGAGGAAGAAGAGGAUUUAUGAAUUGGGUUCUUUGCCACCCUUUUUGCUUGUGUUUGGUGGGAACGUUGAAGCGAUUGAUCAUAGGUGGAACCAGCAUGGGCUUGGUGGGGAUAAUCUUAAUGGGGUGUGUAGGUCUUUGCACCCUGGUCCUGUGAGUUUGCUUCAUUGGAGUGGGAAAGGGAAACCUUGGGUUAGGCUUGAUGAGAAGAAGCCUUGUCCCUUGGAUAGUCUUUGGGAGCCUUAUGAUUUGUAUAAACAGGUGAAGGAUAGAGUCAGAGAUCAGAAUUGGGGCUUCUCUUCUUCUAUUUUGGUUGGCUAUGCUCAUGACUUGUUAUAAUGAUGAUGGUGAUUCUUUGGUACAUUUGUUGUUGCAGAGAUUCUUUGUUAGCAGUGUACAGUACACAGAUUGGGUAGAAGAGUGAUUGAAUUGGGGUUCUUCAUUAUUCUUUCUGUAGAGUUUUUUUUUUUGUUAAGGUGUUUAAAUUCUUGUGAUUUACAGAAUAUGGAAUAUGGAUUCUUUUUUGUUUUUCUGCUGCUGGGGGGGUUCCAUCUCUUGGAACGAUUUUGGUGGGUUGGUUGAGUUCUUUUGUAUGGGACCAUUGGUUGUAAUGUGGCAACAAACAAAGUGCAGAAUAACAGAUAGUUGUUUCAAUUGUUUUAUUUGGAUUGGGUUUCUAUCA